AUGUCUCGCCGCGAAGAUUCCAAGGCUAGGGAUGACACUGUCACCGUUAACGUUGAAGAUUUUACCCGCACUCGCGACAGUGUUGUCUCCAGCCUAGUGCAACUGUCGGCCGCGGUCUCUGAGCUGACCAAGGCCUACCUCAACCAUGCCGACACUGUCCUGGGUCGCACCCCUACUGCCCUGGACAUCAGCAGCAUCACCGGCAUCACCAGCUCUUUGUAUGAGUCUGGUCUGCUUGGUGCGCGCGCUACCAGCCCUGGCGCCAAGUCCGAAGUGGGCGAGAAGAAGAAGCGCAAGCGUGCUCCCCCGGACCCCAACGCGCCCAAGCGCGCCUUGACUCCCUUCUUCCUUUACAUGCAGCACAACCGCUCCCGUAUUGCUGAGGAGUUGGGUCCCAAUGCCAAGCCCAAGGAAGUCUCUGACGAGGGUACUCGCCGUUGGGCUGAGAUGCCUGAACCCCAGAAGGAGGUCUGGAAGAAGCUGUAUGCGGACAACCUUGCCAUCUACAAGGAGAAGGUGAAGGCCUACAAGGCUGGUCUCCCUUACUCGGACGAUGCCAAGGCUGCGAGCCAGCUGCACCAGGGUAUUGAGGGCGCCGAGGCCACUGAGGCGUCUGAAGAUGAGGAGCAGGAAUCCGAGGAAGAGUCCGAGGAGGAGUCUUCUCCCGAGCCGGUCAAGGAGCCCACUCCCCCGCGCAGCACCAAGCGUCGUCGCAGCGAGGGCAAGCCUACUGCCAAGGAGGCACCGACCCCCAGCGAGAAGAAGAAGGAGUCCCCCGAGAAGAAGAAGCGCGGCGCUGCUGCUCGCAAGGAGAAGGAGCAGGAAGAGACCCCUGCUCGCAAGGCUGCAGGUGGCGAGAACAAGCGCGCCACCAAGAAGAAGCGCAAGAGCGAGGCCGGUGCUGAGGAGUAA